AAUCACAAACCUCUAUCUCUCUCUCGUCUCUCUCAGAUCUGAAUCCUCCGUUUCACCAUCUCCGAUCUCUCUAAUGGCGACACCACCACCACCAGCAUCAUCCUCAUCACCGAGGGAAGAGUUCGUCUACCUCGCGAAACUCGCUGAACAAGCGGAGCGUUACGAAGAAAUGGUCGAAUUCAUGGAAAAAGUCGCCGAAGCCGUCGACAAAGACGAACUCACCGUCGAGGAACGUAACCUCCUCUCCGUCGCUUACAAAAACGUGAUCGGAGCUCGUCGUGCUUCGUGGCGUAUCAUCUCUUCGAUCGAACAGAAAGAAGAGAGCCGUGGUAACGAUGACCAUGUCGCAACGAUCCGUGAUUACAGAAGCAAGAUUGAAUCUGAGUUAUCCAAAAUCUGUGACGGUAUCCUUAAGCUUCUUGAUACUAGGCUUGUUCCAGCUUCUGCUAAUGGUGAUUCUAAGGUAUUUUACCUUAAGAUGAAGGGAGAUUAUCAUAGGUAUUUGGCUGAGUUUAAGACUGGUCAAGAGAGGAAAGAUUCUGCUGAACAUACUCUCACCGCUUACAAAGCCGCUCAGGAUAUUGCGAAUUCUGAAUUGGCUCCAACGCAUCCGAUUCGUCUUGGUUUGGCUUUGAACUUCUCUGUGUUUUACUAUGAGAUUCUUAACUCUCCUGACCGUGCUUGCAAUCUCGCUAAGCAGGCGUUUGAUGAAGCCAUUGCUGAGUUAGAUACUCUAGGUGAAGAGUCAUACAAGGACAGUACCUUGAUCAUGCAGCUUCUCCGUGAUAACCUUACUCUCUGGACUUCUGACAUGCAGGACGAAGGAACCGAGGAGAUCAAAGAAGCAGCAGCACCAAAGCCAGCUGAAGAACAGAAGGAAACUUAAGUUUGCAACUUCUUUGUUUAUUCUCAGUAUUCUAAAGAUAAUCCGAUUAUUAUGUUUCUUCUGCUUGGUGUUUGUUUUCUAAUCUUCCUUUGCUAUCCCGAAGCUUGUAAGGCCGUCUAAUUCUUGUGUCCUUGUUUGCUUUUUUUCCUUUAAUCGUGGAUGCUACUGGAGUUUCUUUUUUUCUUCUCUUGAUUGAUUGCAAUUUCAGGCUUAUGGCCUUGUGUACUGAAACUUUGGUAUUCUCUCUUAUUAAUGAUUUGCCAUUCUUCUGGUGAUGCUGUA